AUGGAGUCAGAAUCUACCAGAUCGGAGCCGAAAUACAUCAAUUUCCCUUGUUUGCCUCCAGACGCCAAACACCCGGAUGGCUCCCCCGCACUCAACCGGUGGUCUUCAGCGAUCACUAAGGGUCAUGAUUUCCCGGGCGCAAGGGCUAUGCUUUUCGCUGCUGGUGUCCCAGACAAAGAGGCAAUGGCCAAGGCGCCGCAUGUGGGCAUUGCGUCCGUUUGGUGGGAGGGCAAUCCAUGCAAUAUGCAUUUGAUGGACUUGGGGAAAACAGUCAAGAAGGCCGUAGUGGAAAAGGGUAUGCUUGGGUGGCAGUAUAACACAAUCGGUGUCUCCGAUGCGAUUACUAUGGGAAAUGACGCAAAUUGUCUUCAAGGCAUGAGAUUCUCGCUCCAGACUAGAGAAAUCAUCGCAGAUAGCGUGGAAACCGUUACCUGUGCUCAGGCUCACGAUGCCUGUAUCGCUAUUCCCGGAUGCGACAAGAACAUGCCCGGUGUCGUCAUGGCCAUGGCGCGCCACAACCGCCCAUCUAUCAUGAUCUAUGGCGGUACCAUCAAUAUCGGAUACUCGGAAUGCCUCCGGAAGCCCAUUAACGUAUCAACUUGCUUCGAGGCAGCUGGUGCGUACGCAUAUGAUACUCUCAGUCAGCCCGACGACGGCGGUGAUAACAGCAAGACCAAGGAUGAGAUUAUGGAUGACCUUGAGAAGCACGCUUGUCCUAGUGCAGGUGCAUGUGGUGGUAUGUUUACGGCGAACACCAUGGCCACUGCUAUUGAGUCCAUGGGUCUGUCUUUGCCAGGCUCAUCAUCCACGCCGGCUUCAUCUCCCUCCAAAAUGCGCGAGUGUGUGCGUGUUGCUGAUGCUAUCAAGAUCUGCAUGGAGAAAAAUAUCCGACCGCGCGAUUUGCUCACCAAGCGCGCUUUCGAUAAUGCAUUGGUGAUGACCAUGGCGCUAGGUGGUAGUACCAACGGCGUGCUCCACUUCCUGGCCAUGGCCCGCACAGCGGAUGUUGACCUGACACUGGAUGACAUCCAGCGCGUCAGCGACAAGAUUCCCUUCAUCGCUGACCUGUCACCCAGUGGAAAGUACUAUAUGGCUGACCUAUACGAGAUCGGCGGUAUUCCGUCUGUGCAGAAGCUGCUGAUCGCAGCUGGUCUAUUGGAUGGCGACAUCCCCACGGUGACUGGCAAAACUCUCGCCGAGAAUGUAGCAUCUUGGCCCUCGCUUCCACAGGACCAGACUCUGAUUCGCCCUUUGUCGAAUCCCAUCAAGGCGACCGGUCAUCUCCAGAUUUUGCGCGGCAAUCUCGCUCCUGGUGGUGCGGUCGCUAAGAUUACCGGGAAGGAGGGUCUCCGGUUUACAGGGAAAGCCCGCGUCUUCAACAAGGAGCACGAGCUUAACGACGCCCUUAACGAGCAUCGUAUUCCUCGUGGCGAAAACUUGGUUUUGAUUGUUCGUUAUGAAGGUCCCAAGGGUGGACCUGGUAUGCCGGAACAACUCAAGGCUAGCGCGGCACUCAUGGGUGCGAAAUUGAACAACAUUGCACUUAUUACCGAUGGACGUUAUUCCGGUGCUAGUCACGGGUUCAUUGUUGGUCAUAUUACCCCUGAGGCUGCUGUUGGUGGUCCCAUUGGACUUGUUAAGGAUGGAGAUGUGAUCACUAUUGACGCUAAUACUAAUGAAUUGACCAUGGCCGUGUCUGAUGAAGAGCUCCAGGAGCGUCGUCGACAGUGGACUCCACCUGUACCGCAGAUUACUCGGGGUGUGUUGGCCAAGUAUGCACGCUUGGUGGGCGAUGCCUCACAUGGUGCUAUGACGGAUCUAUUCUAA